GAUUUGAAAAUGUUAAAAUUCUUUUGAUAUAAAAAAUUACUGAAUUAAAUGUAUUGGGUGAAAUUUAUAUUUGAGGUCAUCAAUGUGAUCAAGAGAUCUAUACAAGUAUAUAGGAACUUGUUUCAUAUCAUUCCAAGCUCUCUAGGAGCAUAUGUCGUAUUUAGGACGCAUUUACUUUGAUUUUUAAAAAUUAAAAUUUUGGGACAAACUUAGAAAUUCAUCCCAAAUUGGUGAUGAAUUUCCAUGUUCGUCGCUAAUUUGGGAUGAAUUCCCAAAUUCAUCACAUAAACUUUGGGACAAAUUUAGUGAUGAAUUUGAUUUCAUCCCCAAUUUGCCCUAAUAUAUAUACCCCGAUCCCUUGCCCUAAUUUUCUCUUCACUUCGCAUCUCGUUGGCGGUUGUGGCGUAGGCUUCAGCUAUGAUCUUCGACAGGUUAGGACUCUCCUCUCUCCUCUCUCCUCUCCGACGGAUUCAGUGGCCAACAGGCGACUACAGCAUGUCAUAGCGGCUGGGCUUGCACACCAGGUGUGGGGCGCCCAACCCGACCUUGCUUGGCCCUUGGUGGCCUGGGGGGCUACUUCGUCGCUGCUCCGACAACUAUCCUCAAUAAACAGUGUUAUAAUAAAUAAACUAAGAAAUUUACUAAUUAAUUUUAAAAGUAUUCAUGAUAAAGAUCUUAGUAAUCAGUUUUAAACGAUUCGAUCCUAAAGCGAUACGAUUUGAAUCUCAAGAUUUGGUAUGAUGGUACAAGAUCAGGUACAUUACUGAUUUAAUUUGAAACACAUAUAGACGAUUUAACUACUAACGAAGUUGUGUAUUUAAAUACUCAGAAUUAGUCCGAGCGUAAGAUUUAAAUACUUUUUAAAAAAAAUGAUACGAUUUGGAAGUUUGGGUCGGGCCCCACCUACACCGUCGCAGCAACCGCCAUUCACAACCCAGCGGCGUAAACUAAAACAGUCUUCUGCCGCCACCUGUUUCUCCCGUCGAAGCCAUCCGCAGCUUUGCAAAACAGCAACCGCCUUCGUUUUCCCUCUCUCCGUUCCAGAACCAUUUAUAAUCUACCCCUUCCUCCAUCGGUCGCGCGCAAUACUUUGCUUUCCUCUCCUUCGCAAUAUUGGAGCCGCCUCACCUGAUGGGGAAGGACAACGUUUCACACAACGAUGCCAAGGCCCGACGGAGAUUGGCCUGGGCGGGCGCCGUCGUCCUAAUCGCCACUGCAAUCGCGAUCGCCUCGUCGUCCUCAUUCUCCUCCUCCACAAACAAACUCAGCGACUGGCCCCUAGGACCGGGGAACUACACGGGCUUGGUGGAGGGCUGCUGCUGCGACUAUGAGACGACGGAUUCUGUAAACGAGCUGGUGUUGCAUCCAUUACUCCAGGAGCUUGUCAAAACUCCUUUUUUUCGUUAUUUCAAGGUUAAGUUGUGGUGUGAUUGCCCAUUCUGGCCUGAUGAUGGGAUGUGCCAUCUGCGAGAUUGUUCUGUCUGUGAGUGUCCAGAAAGUGAAUUUCCAGAGCCAUUUAAGAAAUUAUCCAGAGGACACUCGGUUGAUGAGGCAAUUUGCCAAGAGGGCAAACAAUAUGCUGCUGUGGAUAAAACCCUUGAUGAUAAAGUCUUCAAGGGGUGGAUUGAGAUUGAUAAUCCCUGGACAUAUGAUGAUGAAACUGAUAAUUCUGCAAUGACAUUUGUCAAUCUCCAACUAAACCCUGAGAGAUACACUGGCUAUACAGGCACAUCAACUCAAAGGAUAUGGACUUCUGUUUACAAGGAUAAUUGUCCAAAAUAUCCUGAUGAAGAACUGUGUGAUGAGAAGACAGUGAUGUACAAAUUGAUCUCUGGGUUGCAUUCUUCAAUUUCAGUUCAUAUAGCUUCCGAUUAUCUUCUAGAUGUAUCUACCAAUUUGUGGGGGCCAAAUGUUGAGUUGUUUUAUGAUCGAGUAUGGAAACAUCCAGAUCGUGUCAAAAAUUUGUAUUUCAUCUUUCUAUUUGUGAUGAGAGCUGUGACAAAGGCUGCAGAUUAUCUGGAGCAGGCAGAAUACAACACUGGCAAUCCAAUAGAGGAUUUGAAAACUCAAUCAUUGGUGCGACAACUUGUCUACAAUCCAAAAAUUCAUUCUUCUUGCCCUUUACCUUUCAAUGAAGCUAAGCUUUGGCAAGGCACAAACGGGCCUGAGCUAAAGGAGCAGGUUCUGAAGCAAUUCAGGAAUAUCAGUGCCAUUAUGAACUGUGUCGCUUGCGAGAAAUGCCGCUUGUGGGGAAAACUUCAAGUCAAUGGUCUAGCAACAGCUCUGAAAGUUCUAUUCUCUGUCAAUGGAAAUAACCCCAAUCAACAUUUGCAGCUACAAAGAAAUGAAGUUAUUGCGCUAUUUAACCUUCUAAAUCGACUCUCAGAAUCCUUAAAGUUUGUUCAUGACAUGAGAGCUUCCAUGGAGAAGAUGGAAAGACAAGGCACUUCCUCUGCAGGCAAAACUACAUGGUUGCAAGAUCAUAAUGUGACCUGAUACUCGGGUGAACAUGGCAUCUCAUACUUUAAAAGUUUUACUUGAUUUUGACAUGAUCAUUGUUUUGAGAGGCAGGGGCAGAGAGAAACAUAACCCAUUAAAUACAUUUUUCUGUGGAUGAUA